AUGCUUGUAACUGAUAAUAAAAAAAGUAUUUUUUGCCUUCUACUGAUCUCAUUACUUACACAAUCAAAAUCAGAGGGGAAUUUUGAAGAUGCUGACAAACUGAAUGAAUUUAUGAGCACAAAUCAGUACUUUGACUUACGGCAUACAAUACCUGGUGAGCCGGAGGUUGAUUAUCCAAUUUAUAGUGCAGUACCUAAGACAAGUUUUGAAUGUACAGGCAAACAUGAAGGUUAUUAUGCAGACAUGGAGAGUAGAUGUCAAGCUUUUCGAAUUUGUACGCACACAGCUCGUAGUGUGCAAGGAUUUGGCUUCCUCUGUCCGAAUGGUACACUCUUUAGUCAAAAGAAUUUUGUUUGUGACUGGUAUCGUAAUGUGAACUGUGAGGAUUCCGAACAGUUUUUCAGUAAAAACGAUAUAAAUCGCAUAGGUAGUAAAUACGAUAUGAUGGAAACAGUACGACAAAUGAUGGAAUAUCCAAUGAAAACUAUCUCGAAAGCCUUGCAACAACCCUCUAGUGCUGUAAGAAGACCUAAUCAUAGACAAAAAAAUAUAAGCAAGGACACUACUGUAGCAAAUCAAAAAUCCGCAAAUAAAAACUCUCCAGAAAAGGAAAAUGCCGAGAUACAUGAAAAUAUAAAAUCAGAUAGUAUUACCAUUGCUAAUAAAGACGCUGACAAAGAUGAUGUUUAUGUGAAUAGUCUUGGUGAACUCUCCACUGAUCCUGGUGUUAAUUUUGAUAGAACAAAUGCACACAUUAUAGCAGAGGUUUCAAGCCGUAGUCAUAAACUUAAAAAAAUGAAUUUUGCUGAAAAAGUUAAUGCAGCUUUAAAUGAUUUAGUUGAGCUACCAAACAAUGAUGUACUGGCACCAGAUUAUGUGAAAACUAUCAGACACUCGAAAGAGGAGGCUACACAAACUGAUUUAGCCUCUAACAUUAAUGGUUUACUUGAUGAAAUAGCCACUGAUCUGGAUCCAGCGAUUUCGGGUUAUCAAAUUCAUACACCAGCUAAAUCGAAGCAAUCAUUUCGCUUUCUAAGCCGUGGUUUUUCGUCACAAAGUAGUGGACGUGAUUCCCCUUACGUGUACGGAAAACCCAAACAAACGGCAAGUACUAUACGAUUUUCGCCGAACGAACUUCCUUUAGACACACACAAGAACACAAAUACUAAAUCAGAACACAAAUUUGACAUUAUAGAUGAUGAAGCCAUUCAGUUCUCAUUUUUAACAACAACUACAGAAACACCUGCAAUUGAUGAAAGUUUUCUCACAGCACCAACCUUGCCACCUCGUUUAGAGGACAAUAAUGUAGAGGCUGUAUCAGCGGCUUACGAACACAUCGAACAGUCCUUUGAAAAUGCUUUUAAUGAAAACGAAACUGUAACGACUUCAACUCCGCCAUCACAGGAGCAGAAUAUUGCAACUACUGAGAAUACAAGCAAUACCGAUUACAGUGCUCCAUUUAACUUAGAAAAUGACAAACGUGUUUCAGAAUCAAAUGCAUCCCAGUCUGAAGAGAGUUUAGCACAAAUUUCUAAGUACUUAGAAGCUCCAAUAUUCACAGUGCUUGAUACAAGCACUGAACUACCACACAAUGAUAUCGAUAAUAUUAAUUCUGCUAUUAAACAAAAUACUGAUCAAGCCACGGAAAGGGAAAAAACCGUUGAUCUAGCAGCAGAUAUAGAACCAGAAGAUUUAGUUAUCGAUGAAGAGAAAAGCGAUGUAAAUCAACAUGCCGCAAAUUUGUUGUUGGCCGGUGUUAAGUUAACAACACUAGGUGACACUGUUGGACACAAUUUAGAAGAACUGCAAACACCUACUAGUGAAACUUUAACAACUUCAGAACUUACCACAGAUAGUUUACUUACUGACCUAGUGAGCAUUGCUUUAAAUUCUAAUAAUAGUGAAAUAAUAUUUAACCCAACAACUGCACCCGUGACUAUGUCAGUUGAAACCAUAACAGAAAUUAAUACAACCCAAGAACGUAUACGUGGCUAUCGUCGAUUUGCAACUUUGCAGCGCUCUAAAGCGAAACCACUAGUUUAUACUAAACGCACACCUUUACCUUCCCUCUCUACGCCUACAAAAACCACUACAACAGCUAAGCCCCUAACGUCUACUGUAAGCUAUUUGAAGAGAGUAGCAGCGAGUCGUUUAAGGCUUUCGAGACUGAAUACUACUAAGAACACCAUUAAUUCAACUACAACGAUUUCGCCCAUCGAAAGUGCUUCUGAUACUGAAACUAACAAGAAACUAAGUGUACGUAAUUUAGAUAGAGAAACUGCCACCAUAAACGAUAUUAGAGGAGAGAAAAAAAGUACUCAUCGCGGUGCUGCUACUUGGGAAACUGUAAGAAAUAACUUACAACAGUAUCAAGUACAACGAAACCGUUCGGGAAAUAAUGGUUACUCUUAUUCAACCACUCAACCAACCACUACCACAGUAACUGCAAGUGAAAGUGUGCGCAGUGCCAUACUCUCCCGGAACCGCAAUCGUUUCACGAAUUUUAAAACACAAACUUCUAGAACCAAUCAACGGAAGACUACUAAUUCGAAAGCACAACGUCAACGCCAACAACAACAACUGGAACACAAGGAAACAGAGAGUGAUACAGCCACAUUAAAUAAUAUACCAACAUCUUCAGCAUCUUCUGUAAACAUAUUCCCAUCACAUAAUACAUUCAAUAACCCUAGUAGCAUAUCAAAUACUCCUACUAUCACUAUAACUUCAUCUUCUUCAUCCUCCAACAGUCAAACACAAACAGACACACAAACUCCUUUCAAUAUAUUUAUAAAAGUAUUUUUUAUUUCCAGUGCUGAUGCCUUGAACUCCUUACUUUUACCAAGUGUUUCUGAAUAUGAACCAAAUGAAAAUGAGUUGGAAGUUGAUUUACCCUAUGGUAUACAAAAUGUACGAAAACGCAGAAUUCGAGGUAGUCCAAGCUACGAACAUCGCGGCAAGGGUAUAACAUAUCAAUCUUUGUGCCCAACUAAACGUAUUUCAAUUCCUUUGGAAACAUUGGGUUAUGAGUACCGACCAAAUCAUUACAUCGAAGUCACAUGUGCUCACAACUACUCACCAGUCUAUAAUCAUGACUUUAACAAAAACAGAAUUUGUUCAGAAGCUGGGUUUUCCUGCAUACAGCUCAAUCGCACAAUACAUUUAAUACGACGCAAUAAAGUCUCGUCUAUGGAGUGUUGGGAGUCCGAAAUUCGUAUUGUACCCUCUGGUUGUGAAUGUAUGUGGCCAAAACAUAACUAUGGAGAUAUUGUAACCUACCAUGAUGCAGAGAAACGCUUUGAUCCACUGGCAAAUGUGGAGCCCAAUGCUGAUUACCAAGUCGGUGAGGGUUUCAUGCAAAUACCGCGUCAAAUUGAAUUAGUUGGGCUUGACGGAACACGAAGAGAGGAAACAGAUGGCAUUGGUUUUGAGGCAUAUGAAGUAAAUUAACAAUUGAAUAAAUAAAUUAGUGAUUAUUAAAAUGUAUUAAAUUUAGUUAUGACAAAUUAUGUAAAAACGUAUUUAGAUAGUAAAUAAUAAUAAAUUAUAUUAUAUAUCUGAG